UGCAGCCAAUCCGUGAAGCCAACAGAGACAGAAAAAAACCCCUGCAUGCAAAUCGUACUUGGAACACUUCCCUUCCUAUGUACCCACUUCCUUGUGCCACACCGCUUGACUGGAGGUCAAACUGUGACUUGUUAGAUUUUUAUUGUUAGGUCACGUCACAAGUGUUGAGAUGUUUCGCUCUUUUUCAAGGACUAAUGUUUUUGCCAUAUUGGUUUCUGUUUUGCUUUUUUCCGGAGCUCUCUACAUCUACUCAGGAUACUCUCAUUCAGACAUCAGUUUAUUCCAGUCAAAGGAUUUUUCCAAGACAGAGAGCAAUGCAAUAAUAACAAACAUUGUAGAAGUAAAAGAAGAUUUAAAAACAUCAGGCUGUGUGGUCAAAGACAAUCUGAACAACUGUGGGAAAUGGAGCAUUGGAGAACUAAAAUCUGAAGUUGGAUUGAAGUAUGCUCAGCCAAACACCCUGAAAGGACGGACUGAUGUGAACUCAGUUACAAACUGGAACGCUCCCUUGGUUUGGGAGGGAACUUUUGAUCCAGUGGUGAUCGACUCCAUCUAUAAACGAAUGGACCCAAGAAUUGCUGUGGUGGUAUUUGCUGUUGGCAAAUAUACUCGCUUCCUGAAGGGGUUCUUAGAGUCAGGUGAAAAGUACUUUCUGGUCGACUUCAGGGUGACGUAUUAUGUCUUCACAGACAACAAACAAGAUGUUCCUCAAGUUCGACUUGGCAGAAACCGGAACAUCUCUGUGGUCUCAGUGCCCAGCGCCAAUCGCUGGCAGGAAGUGGUACUUGGAAGGAUGAAGUGGGCAACCAUGGCCAUUGAUAAUCACAUACGUAGCGAGGCCGACUAUCUUUUCAUGAUGGACAUCGAUAGCGUCUUCCACAACCGCUUUGGAGCUGAGUCCCUCAGCAGACUCUCUGCUGUGCUUCAUCGUGGCUACUACAAGAACACCCAUCGGGAUCACUUUCCAUAUGAGCGUCGGCCACAGUCCAAAGCCUACAUUCCUGCUGGGGAAGGAGACUAUUACUACACAGCAGCGGUCUGGGGGGGGUACAUGGAGGACAUGUAUAAGCUUGUCAAGCACUGUUACACCCAAGCUGAGGAGGAUGCCAAAAUCAACAUUGAGGCUGCGUGGCAGGAAGAGAGUCACCUCAACAGAUACCUGCUGUACAACAAGCCGACCAAGGUGCUGUCCCCUGAAUACCUGUGGAGUGACUAUGACGCCGUACCAGCAGACAUUAAAGUGGUUAGAGUCUCCCAGUUGGUUAAGAACUAUAAGGAGGUGCGGCCCAAUGGUGGACACUGACACUGUGCAAGGGUAUGAAUCACUUGUACAGUUUACAGCACCAUGCACAUGUUUUGAACACACAAAAGGUAACAUGAUUACCUGAGUCUACUGUGUGUAUUUCAAGGUUACUUUUAAUGGAGUUCCAUUCUCCAAGCUUUCCGCUGACAUUCCUUAUCCACACCUCCAGGCUCAACAGCAAAAUUAAUUUGGACAUUUAAUUAAUGUUUUUAUUAUGUUGUGUAUCAUUUGCUGUGAUAUUAAACAUACUGAGAGGUGUUUGUCAUAUGUUUCUCAUGUGUUGUAAAACCUUGUGGCGAAAUACUGGUUCUCAGUGUCAUGCAUUGCAGUUGUAUGCCACUGUAAACAACCACAUUUAGACAUUGUUAAAAGCAUCUCCAUUGGUACAGCUGUUGUAUCGGUACAGCUCAAUUGGUACAGCUUUGAUAUCCAGCAAAAGCCGCACAUGGUAAAGUCCAAAUGGUGUGGGAGCCUUCUUGAUAUGUUUUAUUUUGUAAAAAGUCUGAAAAAAUGUUGUAUUUGUAUUUCAAGUCAGCAGUGAAUUAUUGUUAGUACCAACAUUGCAGCUUUUCCUCUCUACUGGUGUUUUUUCCAUUGUUAUUUGUUUCUAUAAUGUGCAGCCUUCAACCACAUACGAUACACCAAUAGAAAAGGUGUAUUUUCAUUUGCAACUUCGAAGUGAUUUUCUUGCACACAGUUUGCACUGUGUGCUUUAGUACAUUAUACUGUGAUUUAGACAUUCCUGAAGUGGUGGGCUUUGUUUUAUUAAAUGAGAUAUUCACAUGUGG